AUGGCCUGCGAUGAUGGCGACGGCGGACGACGCAACUCGUCGAGCUCCUCCUCCUCCAGGCAGGAGCUCAAUGCAACCGCCUCCAUCCCGCAAUUCGGCAACGAUUCGGGGUCUCUGUCUAACGAAUCCGCCAGUUUGAAGGAGAAGAAGAAGCACAAGGGGCCAGUCGGCAGGUUCUUCCUCGUGCUUUCAAACUGGAUAUCAUGGUUUUUCAAGGGAUGGGCCAAGUACAGUCCUCUACUGGCAGCCGUUGCGGCCCCGAUGUCGACGCUGCUGGACAUUCCAGCUCUCGCUGCGUGUGUCGCGCUGAGUUCGGCGUCGCUUGCGCUGAACAUUGUGGCCAUGGUCUUGCUGCUCCUGCGAUUCUCCUCGUUCCACGGCAUCUGGCAACGGGCCGCCAACCUCUCGAUCGUGUUCUGGAUACUGAAGGCGAUUGUCGCGCUUUGCAACCUGUUCAUCUUUGGUGCCGGCGAGCCGCGGCCACCUGACUCAGACUUCAGCGAAGGCUUUUGGUGCGCCGUGUUCUCAGUCCUCAUCUCCGGAAGCAUCGCGUUCGCACUGUUUCUGCACUGGCUCCUGGGCAAGAUACAUCCGUUCGACUCGGGGGACGACCAAGAGUUCCGCCUGACCGGCCGGAAGUUCCUCCUGUCUGUGACUGGCUUCACGGUGCUCGUCGGCCUGGAGGCGCUAGCAUUCUCCCAGCUCGAGAACUGGCGCUACCUCGACGCCAUCUACUUCUCGAUCCAAACCGCGCUCACUGUCGGCUACGGCGACAUCACGGUCCAGACCGCGUGGGGCAAGGUGCUCCUCUUCAUUUUUGCCGUCCUCACCCUCGCGCAGCUCGGUAACGCAGUCUCGAUCACGAUCGACUGGGUCCAGAGCCGUGCCGUUGAGCGCCGCCAGAAGUGGCUUAAGAAGUACUCUGUCGCCGUCCACACUAGCGCUGUGCGACGCAAGCCGUACGCCACGCUGAUCGACGAGAUCGCCCUCCUGCACCAGAUCAACCUGCAUCAGGAAUCCUCUGGGACCUUGUGUGGGCACUUCUCAGCAUGUUCAGUUUCUGGUGCUUGGGCGCCAUGGUGUUCCACUUUGUCGAGGGAUGGGGCUACGGGACGCGUCUUCUGGGUCUGCUACGCCCUCAUGGCCGUCCCGGUUGUCACCAACUUCGCAGUUCAGACGGUCACGGGUAUUCUGUACACGUUGACGCAGCACCAGUUCACGGACGACAUGCUCUCUCUCGAACGAGAACGCGAUCCCGAGACAUUCGCGCCGCACUCGCACUUCGUGCUUCGACACCACCGCCGAUGGGAGAAGGUCCGCCGCCUGUACAUCGACAGCCUUAAGGAGGCUGGGUACAUGGAUGACGAGGAUUCCAUGGACGAUGAGCUCGACAAGGAAGAAUCGCCGGACGGGACGCCGCACGAUGAAAAGAAGUCGCUCAAGGAUCAAUCCGAUAAGGAUCAGACCGGGUACGACCGAAGGCGUUCGAAGCACGAGAACAGCCAGUCAAACAGCGAUACACUCGACGAGAACCACCACGAGAAGCACGAGGACGAUCAGUACGAGAAUGUGGACGGGAUCCCCGCCGAGAUCCGACCUGACGAGGAAGACAAGAUGGUGAACAGCGUUCUGGACAAGAACACUCACAAAUCGGCCAAGGAGGAGCUGCUCGACCGCUGCUUCAAGUCACUCGUCGACGGAAAGCACGGGCACAAGAACGCCAAGUGCGACGACCCCCAUCACGGCGAAAAGGGCGGGUACGACGAGAACGAGUGGCUGAACGAGCCUCUGCGCCGGGAGCAGAUCGAGUUCUACCUGCUGAAGCAGCUGAUCGGGCGCGUGACCCGGCUCGAGGCACAGGCGCGCCAAAUGCUGAUCGACUCAAUGGACAAGGACCUCGCCCAGACACUGUUAGUCGCCGACCGGAAUCUGCAGAUAAGAGACGCAUUCCAGCUGUACGGCGAGGGCGACGAGGGCGAUGAUGCGCUUAAGGAGAGCGAGGACGCGGAACAGAACCGCCGCAACCACACGACCGAGGCGCAGCAGGAGCAUAUCCGCCAGCUCGAGCAGGACACGAAUUUGAUCUCGGGCGACUCGUACGACGACGACAUGCUCACGCGUGUGCGCCGGUAUCGGAGCACGUUUGCCGAGAUUCUCGUGCUCUCCUCGACGCUGCUGGGACUCGAAGGCGAUGACCUGAAACGCUUCGAGAGGUGGCAUAUCCAGCUCGAGGGCGGAAGCUACAAGAAAUGGCACCACCAGCGGUUCAAGAAUCUGACCAAGCCGCCGCACUCGCGCCGCAAGAAGCUUGAGCAGCGACUCCGACGGCGUAACAUGGAUACUGAGGGCAAGGUGCGCCCGCCGGGGUACAAGGCGCCCAAGGAAAGGGACGAGGACGAUUAUACCAAGAGCGGGAAGAUGAAGAAGCACCAUCACCACCACGGGCGGAAACGUGCGACGAGCUCGGCUUCGGCGGGGCAGUCAGAUACGCCCCACGUCGACCAGGCCCAGGCCGAAGGGCGCCUGUCCGAGUCGGAUGCGAACGCGGGCCGCCUGCCCGAGGAGGCGAACCACGCACACUCCCGCCGCUCCUCCCGCUCUUCUUCCCAUCACGACCAGCACGACUCCUCUUCUGACCAGCACGGCUCCUCGUCCCACCACCGUCACCACAAGAAGGACAAGGAUGGCAAGGACAAGGACGGGAAGAAGAAGGAGCCGAAGAAGUUCAAGACCAAGGUCUGGGAUGCGAUGGAGGACGAGCUCUUCCGGCGCACAGACAAGAACGUCGAGGACAUCAUCAAGGCGAUCCCGGACGAGGAAGAGCAGGAGUACUUGGACAAGGAGAAGUUUGCGCGCGACCUGCUGUUAACGAGUGCAGAGCGGAAGAAGGACUCGAAGCAACGCGAGAGCGAACUGAAGGAGUUGAGGAAGGAGGCGCGCCGCGGCGAGCUGAGCGGGACGAAGCGCGGCAAGCGAGCAGCGCACGAAGCCGAAGAAGGCGCCGAGGACGAGAUGCUCGACGACGCUGGGCCAUCGCAGCAAUUCGACGAUGCGGGUGCGGCGGAGCGCGGCGAGGCUGGACCUGGCCAGAAGGGCCGGAAGGGCAAGAAGGGCGACAAGCCCGAGAGGGACAAGGACAGGGGCCCGGACGGGUACGAAUCCCCAGCUCUCUCGAGCGACGGGGACCGCGACGCCGCCUACGGCCCCAACGUGUGGGACACGGAGAGCGACGACGAGGGCCCGCCGGACUCGGACGAGCACACGGACACAGACCUCGCCGACGAGGAUACGGACCUCAACUCGCCGAUGCCGAGUGAUCCGAGCGAUGGGCCCCUCGACGGCCCGCUCGGCGUGCCAAAGGGCACGUUCGGGUUCGACGAUACCCCCGCCGAGCGCGAGUUAGCCACCCAUGACCCGUCGUCAAGAAAGACGAAGGACGGACUCCGUGGCGGCCCGCCCAUCAUGCAGCCUAGGAGGCAGUACAAUCCUGGCCCGUACCAGGUCAUGCCCCCCGCGCUCUCGGGGCCGGUCGUGCAUCCAGCCCAGCAGUCGAAGGGACUCACGAAGAAGCCCAAGUCGCCCAAGAAGUCGACCAAGUCCUCGCCCAAGAGAAGCACACAGCCGAGGCAACCGCCGCCGCAACCGCAGCCGCAGCAGCCGAUCCAAUCCAGCCAGGCAUCGACCAACAGCAGUCGCAGCGGCACCAUGACCCCGCGCGAGAGGGAGCUUAGGAAGCACGCCGGGCACGCGCGCCUCGACGACGUCCUGAAUACCAUGAACGCAGGUCCGGACCACUUGCACCCAUACGCGACCCCGGGCUCGGCGAAGUACUCCGGCAACGGUCCCAUCCUCCAAGACGACGAGGAUCGCGGCAACGGGAAGGGCUUGCGGAGGGGGGAUUAUUGCGCCCCAGCUAGUCAGAAGAUUGUCGGUGGGCUCAUGUGA